CAUUUUGCCAGCAACAAUAGCAAUGGUGAAUUAUAUCAAGAUUCAACCUGAUAAUGGAAAUAUUGUGCCAUCAAGACUGCAAAAGCAUGACCUUCAGAUACGCUACAUACUGUUGUUUACGUGUCUUGCGUUUGUUUGUUUACUAACAGUGCACUUCAAGGUACUGAAUCGCCUGCAAGUGCAGCGCAACCAACGCCUAGUGUGCUAUUACUCAGCUUCGGGACCCGACAAUCUGAGCCUGCUGGAUGUGCCCGGAGAUUUGUGCACGCACAUUAACAUUGGCAUUGCCAAUUUGUUCAACACGACGUUGCAGCUGUCAGCGCGCCUCGAGCAAGUCCUGCAGAAUGAGACACGUAUUUAUCGUGCCGCCCAUCCGCAGGUGAAGCUGCUGCUGUGGAUUGGCGGUGCGGACAGUGGCCACCAGUUUGCCAACAUGGUAGCGAAUCAUGAUCGGCGCAAACAAUUCUUGCGCUCACUUCGUGCCGUGCUCCACAAAUAUCCCAGCUUGGAUGGCAUCGAUUUGGACUGGGAGUUUCCGCGAGCCUACGACAAUGAGCGCAUGCACUUCUCCCAGCUGCUGCACGAGAUUCGCCUUGAGUGGCGUCGCGAGAAGCGCACUAACAAUCUGCUAACCUUGGCCGUCGCUGCACCCGAGGGCAUCGCCUUCUUUGGCUACGACAUUGGCGAAAUCAACCACUACGUGGACUAUGUGAAUCUAAUGUCCUACGACUUUCAUUUCUAUCGCGAGGAUACGCCAUUUACUGGACUGAAUGCCCCACUCUAUGCCCGCUCCACGGAGCACUCCAUAAUGGCCACCUUUAACAUCAACUAUACCGCGCACUGGUGGCUGAAAAAUGGCUUGGAGCCAGAGCGUUUGGUCAUCGGCUUGCCAACCUAUGGGCAUUCCUUUACCCUCAUGAAUCCCUUGAACCGUCGGAUAGGUGCGCCUGCCUCGGGCUUUGGCGAGUGUGGACAACUGGGCUUCACUACGCUCUCCGAGACCUGCGAGUGCGCCCAUCAAUUCAUCGAACCACUUUAUACAUACGACAACGAUACCUGUUCGCCCUAUAUCAGCGGUGUGCAGGAGUGGAUCUCAUAUGAGAGCAUGACGAGCAUUUCGUGCAAAGCCAACUAUGUCAAGUCCAUGAAUGUGGGCGGCCUAAUGAUCUUCUCCCUCAACACGGAUGAUCUGAGCAACAGCUGUGGCUACAUGGACGGAGCUGGCGAUGAGCCCGCUAAGCCUGUAUUUCCACUAACUCAAGUUGCAAAUGCCAUUCUAAGAGCGCCAUAAACUGUGAAGUUAACUUAGCUAAUUCUGGUUCAUGAUGCCACAUAGUAAA